GAAGGGGCUUUGCUGUGUUUCGGAGGGUCGCGCGGUUUUAAGACAUUCCUGCGCGGAUCGGGUGGCGGCUUUACAUAAUGAACGGCACGCUUUUCACGUGAAGUGGCCCUUUAAAAAGCCGGCGCGCUCGCCGGUCGGGCCAGCGUGCGUGUGCGUGUGCGUGUUUUGCGUUUUGUGCGUGCGGCAAGCUGCGGACAAAUCGGCUCCGAGGAUGGUCUCGUCGUACCCUUUACCGGAGGGCUUCUCCGAGUUUGAUGUCUUCUCCCUGGGAUCGUGUCUGCUGGUCGAGGGUCUGAUGGGCUUCUUCCUAAACGCGGUCACCAUCGCCGCUUUCCUGAAAGUGAGGGAGCUGAGGACCCCCAGCAAUUUCCUGGUCUUCAGCUUGGCCAUGGCCGACAUGGGCAUCUCCAUGAACGCCACCGUCGCGGCUUUCUCCAGCUUCCUCAGGUACUGGCCGUACGGCUCCGAGGGAUGCCAGACUCACGGCUUCCAGGGUUUCGCGACGGCUCUCGCCAGCAUCCACUUCAUCGCCGCCAUCGCCUGGGAUCGAUACCACCAGUACUGCACGAGGACAAAGCUGCAGUGGAGCAGCGCCAUCACUCUGGUCAUCUUCAUCUGGUUCUUCAGCGCCUUCUGGUCCGCCAUGCCUCUCAUCGGCUGGGGCGAGUACGACUACGAGCCCCUCAGGACCUGCUGCACUCUGGACUACAGCAAGGGCGACAGGAACUACAUCUCUUACUUGAUCCCCAUGAGCGUCUUCAACAUGGCCAUCCAGGUUUUUGUUGUCAUGUCCUCCUACCAGUCCAUUGCACAGAAAUUCAAGAAGACUGGAAACACCAAGUUCAACCCAAAUACUCCCCUGAAGACCAUGCUGCUGUGCUGGGGCCCCUACGGCCUCCUGGCCUUCUACGCCGCAGUGGAGAACGCCAACCUGGUCUCACCCAAGCUCAGGAUGAUGGCCCCCAUCCUGGCCAAGACCUCCCCCACCUUCAACGUCUUCCUGUACGCUCUGGGCAACGAGAACUACCGAGGGGGGAUCUGGCAAUUCCUCACCGGGGAGAGGAUCGAAGUGCCUCAAGCUGACAACAAGUCCAAAUAAACUUAGCGUUGCAAAUGUUGCACAGCCAUUUCGCUUGUGGUGGUGGUGGUGCUGGUGGUGGUGGUGGUGGUGGUGGUUUUCUCGCACAGGUACCAAAGUAGAUGUGUUUCGUCUCAUGUUGUGUAUGCGUUUGUGCAUGUUUGAUUGUGUGCGUGCGUGCGUGCGUGCGUGUGUCGUGUCCGUAACGUGCUUUGUCCCUCGUGUCCCGCUUUCGUCCUUCAAUUAGUCACUUUAGUUGUAAAAUAUCACAGACAACAAAUUGAAUCUGUUUGGUUUUUUUUUCAUUUCUUUCAUUUGUUUUCAUUCACCAAAAAUAAAGUCUAUUUAAAAAAAAAUAAUCAUAAAUAAAAACACUGCUUGGUAUAAAAGCGGUUUAUGGUCAUACUGGUGAGGGGGGGGCGGGGGGGGGGGGACACACACUGAAAUGUCAUAAGGUUGUUGGAAUAAAGUUUUAAUCUUAAAAGAAGAAAGAUGUGAAAAAAUAAAUACAAAAAAUAAAAUUAUAAAAAGCAAAUGCGUAUAGUAAAUGUUUAAUAUUGUUCAUUUGUUAAAAACAGUGUUCAUCUUUACUCAGGCAGACGUUUUUGCUCAUCAUACUGCAACUUUAAUCUUGCAAAAUGACAAGCUUUAAUUACGAGAACAAAGUUGUAAUAUUAUGAGGAUAGCGGUAAUAAUUGUAAAAAUUGCAACUUUAUCCGUGUGAUAUUAGGGGGAAAAAUGACAACUUUUUUUUGGUAAAAUCACAAUAUUUGAUGAGGAUUUAUCCUUUUAUUUUUUUCAUUAUUUUGACUUUAUUAAUUGCUUCCUAUUAAUCAGUUAAUAUUGUUACAUAUUUGUCAAAAACAAUGUUCGUCUUAACUCGGGCAGAAUUUAUGCACAUCAUAUUACAACUUUAUUCUUGUAAAAUUACAAGCUUUAAUAAUUAUGAAAUUAAAGUUGCAAUAUAAGGAGGAUAUUCUGAUUUAUUCCUGAAAAAUUACGACUUUAUUCUUCUAAUUUCCCAAGGCAGAAUUAUGAGAAUAGUCUAUUACAGGAAUAUAUUUUUUUCCUUAUUUCUAUUUUACCCUCACGGUAUUUCAACUUUGUCACAAUUAUGACUUUAUCGUUGGAACGUGUAUUGCAGAUAGAAAUUUGACUUAAAUAAAAUGUACCUAAAUAAAUGUUGAAAAACAAACGGUUCUUAAAGUUUAAAUGGAAACAUUUUGAAUUUAAAAGUUAAAUACAACUGAACUGGACUUACGUAGGCAGUGAUCCCGCAUAGCACACUUUUGGAGAAUCACGAUUGAGCUCGACAACUUCGCGCUACUGUUUGACAUUUAUGCUCUACGUUUAUCUAUUUGCGAUAGAGACACCCCCCUCCCCCCCCCCACCCCUCAAUUGGAAGCACAUGCUGCUGCUUGAUCUGUGUGUAGAAUUCGCACUAAUCCCACAAAACAAGAAGACUAUUAUUCAAUCGGACCCCCGCCACAAAUCAGAAAUUAGUCAGCCGCUCCAAAAUACAUCCACAUGUUUCCAACCUUGAACAUAGAAUAUAAACAACUUCUGUAUAACAAUGAAACACAAUAGUGGACAAUAAAGUAACCAUGUAUGUUUUAACGAUUGAAAUUGAUCCUCAUGAAUAUGAAUUCCUCUUUAAUCCCAAGGAAUGUUCAUAUGAUGACAUAUUCCUCAUGUUUGUUAUUAAGGUACUGUAAUGCCCUCGCAUGCGGGCAAGGAGAGCUAUCUGUUUUGCACGGACGUCUGCUUAUUACAAAACAAAAUAUUUAUAUUUAUACCAGUUAUCCUUUCCAUUCUCGUGCUUCCCAUGAAUAAUUUCCAGUUUGGAAUAUGUAAGUAAUAAAUCCCCAUCUUAAUUUACCAUAAAAAAAAUGUACCGGAAACUUUCUAGAAAUUUACUGGAAAUUUUCCACCCCUUUGCAACUGUAUUUUUGAGUGACGUUUUAAUAUUCAUAACCGCCACACAAGUGAAAAUAAAUGUUAACAUAAGAAGACGAAAUCAAACAAAAUGACAGUGAUGCCUCGACAUACAAGUUUUAUUCGUCCUGUGACCACACCCGUUACUCAAAUCAUAUUUUUCCAUUGAAAUGAAUGGCAAUGUCAUAAAUCCAUUCCAGCCCCAACCCCCCCCCCCCCAAAAAAACUAUAUUUUUUGUAAUGUAUAUUUGAAUGAGGAAAAAUAGCAAUCUAUAAUAUUUGACAUUAUAAAAACAUACAGUAAUGACAUAAUUAAACAGAAU